AUGUCGCUCCUCCGUUCCAAGAUAGUACAGAAACCGUAUCAAUGGUUUCAUUACUAUUUUCUUUCCGAAAAAUAUCCGGGGUGUCAGCUUUCUGAUUUGUCGUUUGAAACAGAUAUUGGGAUCACCAUAACCAAACUCAGACAACACAAAUGGACCAUCCAGGAAAUAGUGCACUAUUCAUUCGUUCUGUCGGUUAUUUUCUUUGUGUUUCUUAUAUUCCCGGCUUCGUUUUUCAUAAAAAUACCCAUUCUUGCGGUAUUUAUCACCUGUUUUUUGGUCCCAUUGACGUCACAAUUUUUCAUUCAUGCUCUCCCCAUUUUCUCGUGGCUUGCGUUGUUUUUCCUGGCGGGUAAAAUUCCCGUGCUGUGGAAACCUGCGAUCAGCGUGAAGGUUCUUCCAGCUACAGAGACCAUCUUUUACGGUGAUAACUUAUCCAAUGUCCUUGCGACUUUUAACACAACUUUGUUGGAUCUUAUCGCCUGGCUUCCUUACGGGAUAAUCCACUUUAGUGCUCCAUUUGUGGUGGCACUUCUUAUCUUUUUACUUGGUCCUCCCACCGGAUUGCAGUCGUUUGGGUUUGCGUUUGGAUACAUGAACCUUCUUGGAGUAAUGACCCAAAUUCUCUUUCCAGCGGCUCCACCAUGGUACAAGUUGUCCCAUGGACUCGAACCUGCCAACUACCUGAUGAGUGGUUCUCCUGGAGGUUUGGCUCGUAUCGAUGCAAUACUUGGUGUCGAUAUGUACACCUCUAAUUUUUCCAAUGCUCCAGUGGUGUUCGGAGCAUUUCCUUCAUUACACUCAGGAAUGUCGGUUAUGGACGCCUUAUUCCUCUGUUGGCUAUUCCCCAAGUAUAAGGUGGUUUGGUGGGCAUAUGCGGUUUGGUUGUGGUGGAGCACGAUGUACUUGACCCACCAUUAUUUUAUUGAUCUUAUUGGCGGUGCGGUGUUGUCGUAUGUGGUGUUCACAUACUCAAAGUAUACUCAUCUUCCAAUCAUGGAUCCUACCAAAUUUUGUCGGUGGUCGUACACCGAAAUUCAUAAAGUUGACGUUCGGUUAUCGGACCCUUUAAGCAUUAACUUUAAUGAGGACACUGAAAACACUCUUCGUCCGUACCUGUUUGUGCCUGCCAGUGAUAACAUUGAAUUGGCACCCAUGACCCGUUCACGUCAGCAACUGAGAUCCUUAGUUCCCACCCUUCAAAGCAAUUCCACUGCGAAGUCGUCAUCACUGAUAAAUUUGGCCAUAGCUGAAGAAACACAUGAUACCGAGGUUCUCGACUCGUCUUCGCUUGAGUAUUCUGCCGCCCCACUGGUGUUUGACGAAGAGCAACACCAAUCGUUAACAGCGUCCACCACGUCGCUUGAUGACGAACUUGCAUCACGAAGCUACAAAGACAAGUAG